GCGCUCAAUCUUCCGCUGCUGCUGCCACCAUGCCCCCCAACUUCAGUGCCCGCGUCCUGCGGGAUAUCAAGGCUCGAAACGGUGUGAAGGCCAACGAGGUUGCCCGCAGGGCUUACCUCUACGUCGCGCGCAACCAAACCCUCCCUCCGGAGGUGCGCUACCAGGCGCAGCUACAGCUCAACACCUUCGGCAAGUACACCCGCCCGACCACCCCCAAGAACAGGUGCACUGAGACUGGCCGUGGACGGGGUAUCAUCAGCGAGUUUGGUCUCUGCCGGUUCCAAUUCCGCACGAAGGCGCUGGCCGGACAGCUCGCUGGAGUGAGGAAGGCAUCCUGGUGAUUGCAAUGUGGCAUAUUGCAUGCCGUCAGCAGCCGCACUUAGGCCCGGUGUCAGGGACUUAGGCCUGGUCUUGCCAGCCAGCUUAGCUUCACAUUGUGCAUAGAAUGCUUUUGGCUCUCAGUGAUCGUAGCACUUCAUGGUUGACAAAGCUUUGCGACAAUUACAAGAGCAAACCGAUAUGACCUGUAUAUACACUGGGUACCCGAGAGCGAAGUCCAUACAAGAUAUUUUCUAUCCACACAA